AUGGUGAAGAAGAGAGUAUUGCUGGAUCCAACUCCAUUUUUUGUUCUGAAAAGUAGGAUUGUAUCUUUUUCGAAUGAACUAAAGGCACAACUGAACUUGCCCGAAGGGUGCAAGGUUUUUAUCAAUAUUUGCACUGAUCCAGCAGUAGAUGUACCCAAGGAAAGAUGGGUGGACGUGAAAGAGAAUAUAGAACUGCCAAUGUUGGUGUCUGAUCCUAGAACUGAUGUAGACAAAAAAGGCGUAGAAUCAGCCGUUUUUGAUUGCUGUGUUAAUGACCGAGUGGGUCAAGAGUUUGCAAUUUAUAAAGACUUCCGAGUCUAUAUAAUUGAGGCUUCCAUGGCUAUGGUUGAACUGCAAUCGGGUUGUUCAAUUGAUAGAGAGAACCUAGCGACCCCCAAACUUAAAGUAAAAGGCAUUCCACAGCGUGAAUAUGAAGUAGAUGUUCCACAAUCCUUAGAAGACAGCGAAGAAGAAGAAGAGCCCAACUUUAUCUCAAGCAUAGAGCAAUAUGCCAAAAAUAUUGUCAAGUCAGAUAAAUCUGUCAAGCGGGAUUCUAACAAACAAGAAAUUGAUGAAGCUCAACUUGCAUCUGCCGAAAACAUCAUCAAUGAGGCUUUUGGUUCAGAUAAUAUUCAGGAGUUGCAGUUGCCCAUACAAGGCAGUGAGAGAUCUGAGAUUAAAAAUAAGCCGAUCCUCAUAGAAGAAAUUACUACGACAACGAAGCAACCUCAUUACACCAUCAAUCCAUAUAACGGACCAUUCAAGGGUCCAGGUUCACCUCCAUCAUACUUAAUUGACAUUAGAGUUCAGGGAGAAGAAGAAGCUAAGUCCUCAGAGUUAAAACUGUCCACAAACAAGCGUAAACUGGUUUUUGGAGACUUAGACAUCGCACUAGUGAAGCCAGCAGACAAGGUAGAGGCUUUUUUCACAAGAGAUUCUGGGUCGUUGCAAGUCUUUAUUUAUUAG